GCCCUACCAAAGAGAAUUUAGUGCCAUGGAGCUGACCAAGCAGGAGGCUCUCUGUGUGCCUGCUUGUGUCAGUGACCAGGUGCCUCUUGUGAAGAGUCGUUUUUUGCAGGCUUGUGGUGUUCAAACCUGCGUAGUCACAAUGGACAGCGAAUCACAAGUGAGUGUAUCUUUAGCUGAGGAAUACAGGACAGAUUUUGAAACCCAGACAGUGAUGCCAGGUGGCACUUGCUGUGGUGUCCAAGCCAUUCCAGACACUGACGACUAUGCAUCACAAGUAAGCACAUCAUUGGUUGAGGAAUAUAGGAAAGAUUUUGAAACCCAGACAGUGAUGCCAGGCAUUACCUGCUGCAGUGUCCAAGCCAUUCCAGAUGUUGAAGACUAUGCCUCACAAGUGAGCAAAUCUUUGGUUGAGGAUUACAGGACAGAUUUUGGAGUGCAGGUCAUGGCAGAGGUGCUCAGCUGUGCUUCACAAGUAGAUAUGCAGCUCACCAGGAAAGAGGCCACAGAUUGUGCUGUUCAGUGUGAGUUGCUAGUGCAGAACAGUGAAAGGGAAACACCAGCUUCCAAAGUUGUAGACUGUGGGGUGCAGGCCACAUUACUGGUACGAGAGUGUGCAACACAAACACAACAGUGCCUUUGCGAUCUCAAAGAUAGCAGUGUGCAAGUCAUGCCAUCUGUGCAAGACAGUUCAACACAAGAUGAACCUGCUAGAGGCGACAUGUCACAUUGUAGUGUGCAGACUACGCCGCGCUCCUUCUGUGAUAGCUCCACUCAGUCAGACUGCCAAGUUCCUCUAUCUUCAGGUGUCUGCUCUGAGGUGCAGGCUGUUCCAGUGGCAAGAAGCUACGUGUCGCCGGUGAAGGCAUCUGAGAAGUCUCGGGACACAUCUGCCUCGAAAUCAUCUAAUAAAAAAUUUGCCAAAGAUGGCAGUAGCCAGUUUAACAUGUUCUCUGUCAGAAACAUUUUAGCAGGUAGGCCUGGAAGUUUGGUGACGCCAGAUGUUCCAACACCUUCUACAGCAAGUAGAAGCACAAGGCGUCAGCUGUUUGGCCAACCUGGCGGGGAUCUUCUGGCUGCCCUCAAGGCUAGUCAACGUAAAUUCAAUGAAGAGGAAGGCUGUGAUUCCUUAUCGGCUGGUCACCAAAAGGCAGCAGACUAUACUUCUCCGGCGCUGCCAACUGCAGCCUUUGGAACAAAAGCCUGGCUCCGUCAAAGCGAAACGCUCAAAAAGUCUGCCCCUGUCCAAGCAGACAUCUGGAACACUCAGAAAAUGAGCCUCGUGGAGCAUCGCAUGGACCAGUACAAGAAAAAAUUGCAAGAGUGGGAGUCUGAGUACAAGCUUCAGCAGAAAGCUGCCAAAAAGCGGGAAAUACAGCUCAUUGCUGUAAUCAGACAGUUGAAGAACAAGGAUAAAAACUUGACAGUUACACCUCUCUGUGUAAGCUCGACUGCAACAGCAACCUUGGCAGGGUGCGAAGCUCAGCAGCCACCUGGGUCCGCCGCAGCCAAGACACUGGCCACCACCGAGUCCGUCGCAUCCCUGGCUCAGCGACUCAAGGCAAUGACCCCACGUUCACGGGAAGGGGCCCGGCUCAUCCACUUUGUCCAGAGUCGCAAGGAACAGGCCCUUGCAGAGGAGCUGCAGAUGGCACAGCGCAAGGCCUCCCUCUCCUUCGAGACCCAGCGACUGGGAUCUGCUCAAAGGAGACAACAGCCAUGGGCUGAGCUAAGCUCGCACACUGCAGGUGCUGGACCGCGAAGUCCGUUAAAGGAAGCAAACCAGGAGAUUCCACAGGCAAGUCCCCCAAAGACUCCCAUAGAUGAAGGACGGGAUGACACGGAGUUUUGGUGUCCACCCAUGAAGUUUAUCCUGGACGACUUGGAGAACUUAAACUCACCAUUGUGAGCGUAGUUGUCCUUCACAAAGGGUGUAGCGAUACUUGCCCUGCUUUAGCAUGCAUCAUUUUAAUCAGUUUUAGCAUUUUAACUCUGACAACCCCAAUUAAAUUCAAUGUUUUAUCAAAAGUUUCAGACCACUGCACAUGCCAACAACUGCCACUGGGCCAUGUGGCCUCAACGUGUUAACACUCCGCAUGAUUGGCGACAAAGCUUUUGGAAGCAUGGAAGGUGCAAUCUAUGUCGAACGUGAUGAAGUCUUAGACAAAGUGUUUACUGAAGACUUAUGAGAAGCUUUCAUAUUUUUAUUUUUUCAUUUCCAUAGUGCUCUAGUGUGGGAGAACGGUCACACUUCCCAAUCUUUAUGGUUCAAGGCAUGCUGCAGCAGAAAGCCCAUUGCGAGUUCUCUUCACUCACUGGAGUGGCCUCGCAACGUAACCUAUACACAUGCUCAUGACAACCCAAGUGGGCGCAUGCCAUAGUCGGUAACUUGAUCAAACUAAAUGUGGCUGUGAUACCUAGUGAUAAAUGUUGUAAGAUAGCAAGAUGAAUUCAAAGUCGGCUUGCGCAGGCACUAGUUGCUUUAUGCAUUUGUGUAUAAAUACGAGUGGAUUUUGUAGUCUUAAUGCUUGUCUCGCUGUAGCUCGGUUACUAUAGAAUAAACCAUGCAAUCACUUCUUGCGUAAAGGAGACAGAAUUCAGGCACUU